CUCUCCUUCCUCACACCACAACCCGGAGAUUUCUUCAUCUGCUGUGGUUCCUUCCGGGGAGUGAGGGUGGGAGUGUGUGGACAGACGGGCAGACUGGGGAUGAUGGCUGCUAAGGAAACCUGCGUGAACCCAAAGGCCAGGAGGCAGGCAGCAGCCUCCAAAGACAAGCCUGGGGAGGCCUCAGCCAACAGGAAAGGUGUAGAUGACCCUGACUAUGAGAAUAUCACCUUGACCUUCAGAAACCAGGACCAGCCAAAGAGCAGCUGCUCACCACCCAAGAGUAAGGCCUGGGCCAGGCCAUCCUCAGACUCUGCCCAAGCCUCGCACUGGUUGCACACAGCCUUCAUGAGCCUGUGCGUUCUUCUCACCCUGCUUUCCAUCAUCUUGCUGUCCUGGGUCCUGGUGAACAAUUCUAAGAUGUCCCAGGAGCUGCUAGACUUGAAAGGGGAGCUGUGGAAUAAUGUGCACGAAUGCCAGGAAAAGCAGAAGCAGAGCUGGAGCCGCAUCUCUCAGAGAAUCUUUGAACGCCUGGGCAUAAUCAAGAAUGGGACCGAGAAACUGAAGACGCUGUCCACAGACGUAACCCAAAUCCACAAUCAACUAAGCAAAAUCUUCCAGACGCUGCAGAAGAUGCAAAAUCAACGUGAGAUGGGACCAGUGCGGGUGGAGCCCUGGCCUCAGCCCUUGCUUCUCUCCCGGGAGGGUCUGUCUGAUCUCGGGUAUCUGCCGCCUUCCCUCAGAGAGUCGACAUCUAAGUGAAUGAGAAGACACUUGAGCCCGGGCUGCAGCCUGAAGGACAGGGCGGUCCCUCCCACCACAGAUGACACACAGGGGCGCCAGCCUGGUCUGAACCCGUCCAUCGGGCCCACAUAAGGAAAACUGUGUGGUGGUGAAUGAGUGCUGUGAAGUUGCUUGUGUGCAGGUGUGUGUGUGUGUGUGUGUGUGUGUGUGUGUAUGUGGGGAGUAAACAUUUCACGGAGGGUGGGUAUUUCAGUGUGCUGCACCAGAAGGUGUAUGGGGUGAAUGUUGAGUGCAGGAGUCACAGACGGUGUAGUGUGCAAAACUGUGUCACUGUCCAUGUGACACCUGGGUGUGCUGCAGUGUGUUUUGUCACACACGUCACGGGAGGGGGCUGUGGCAGCAGGGACCACAGAGGUGGCGUGUGAGUGUGGUAAUGGUGACGCGUGUUACCCAUGCAGGUUUCACUGUCAGUGUGAAUGUGCACGAAGGUUUCACAGUAUGGUGUGUGUGCAAGCCUGUUAUGGCGAAGGUGUGCAGAGCACACCACGGGAAUGUAUCCUUGUGGGUGUGGGUGUUGUGGUGUAUGCCCCAUCACUCCCUGUGCCCACGUGAACAAUUGUGUCAGCGUGCCUGAUCAUGUCGCCGACCGUGUUCAGAGCAUGUGCACACGUGUGCCUGUCUUAUUCUGCACUCCCAUUUUGUGAUUCAUGAAGAUAAAAGCCAAGA